ACACCUAUCCAACAGCCUCAGUCAGAACUUCAUUUUCUGCCUGAUUUGAAUGCCCUUGACAUCGAGUCCCAAUUGAUUGAGUUUGAGACGACCGGAGGCGGUGGUAGUAGUGCUAGUGUUGGCCUCGCCUCUGAUGGACCUUUACCACCACACCAUCCCACGACACAAACGGCGACGAUUCCUAAAACGGAACACGUUCUAUCUCAAUCGCAGACAGCCUACAUGGCGGCUAAUCAGCAGCAGCAGCAGCGGCAGCAUCAACAAAUGCAGCAUAGGGUCCAAGCUGCUGUGUGUAGGGGUAUUUCGACACGCAUCAUGUCGUCCGCUGGACCUGGAGCAAUGUCACCGAAGUCACGGCAGUCACCAUUGCCGGUGGUGUAUGAUCAAACACCAAUGGCUUCGCACAGUGGAAUGUUGCCGAGUCAGCAGCUAACGACGAUGCUACGGCAGGGUAAGCUGUUUCCAAUUAUGAGUGUGGCUCGUGGAGCGUUGUAUCGGAUGCUCGGUGUGUGA